ACAGUAUCCAUGAGCAGCAGCAGUCAGCUUGAAAAAUUAGAAGCAAGUUUGGGUAGAGCAAGGUCUUCGAUAAGAGAAGCGGCUAAAGUUAGAAACAAGACAUCAACCCAUCAAGACCCUGAUUAUGUUCCUCGAGGCCCCAUAUAUCGGAACCCUAAUGCUUUUCAUAGGAGUUACCUAGAGAUGGAGAAGUUGUUCAAGAUAUAUGUUUACGAAGAAGGACAAAUCCCAAUAUUUCAUGACGGUCCAUGCUUCCAUAUGUAUUUAACAGAAGGCAGGUUUAUUCAUGAGAUGGAGAAGGGUAAAUUGUACCGUACAACAGACCCAAAUCAGGCACUUGUCUAUUUCCUUCCCUUCAGUGUGGUUAGAAUGGUUCAGUUCCUGUAUUUGCCUGACACAUAUGAUCGAAAUGGCAUGAAGCUUGCGGUCAUCGACUACAUUAAUCUCAUUGCUCAUAAGCAUCCCUUCUGGAACCGAAGCCUCGGCGCUGAUCAUUUCAUGCUAUCUUGCCACGAUUGGGGGCCAUUUACAACUGCAUCUGUCCCCCAUUUAUUCCACAAGUCUAUUAGGGUUUUGUGCAAUGCCAAUACUUCCGAAGGAUUUAAUCCCUCUAAAGAUGCGUCGCUUCCAGAAAUUAAGCUUCUGACAUCGAAAAUCCCAAGGCUUGGUGGUCAGCCUGCAUCAAGUCGAUCCACACUAGCUUUCUUUGCAGGCGGUCUGCAUGGCCAUAUUAGGUACCUUCUUCUAAAUGAAUGGAAAGGCAAAGACCAAGAUGUGCAAGUCUAUGAAAAAGUUCCUUACGGAGUGUCCUAUGAAGAAAUGAUGAAGAGCAGCAAGUUUUGCUUAUGCCCAAGUGGGUAUGAAGUAGCAAGUCCAAGGGUGGUAGAAGCAAUCUAUGCCGAGUGCGUCCCUGUGUUGAUUUCAGAUGGCUAUAUUCCACCUUUUGGUGAUGUGUUGGAUUGGAAGUCAUUUUCUGUUCAAGUGCCAGUCAAGAAUAUAUCUGACAUUAAGAACAUAUUGAUGAGCAUAUCCAAUAGACAAUACCUCAGAAUGCAAAGGAGGUUGAAACAAGUGCAACGACAUUUUUUGAUGAAUGGACCUCCUAAGAGAUAUGAUGUUUUCCACAUGAUUGUGCACUCUAUUUGGCUCAGGAGGUUAAACAUUCGCAUUCAAGAUUUAUUGAUGUAA